AUGAGCUGCAACGUGAUACCGCUGAAGAAAUACGCGGAAAUCAGUUACCGCGUGAAAUGCGUGUCGGUGGAGGACGAGCGCGUGUUCGGUGACGUAUACGUCACGCAACAGACACGAAAUCUCCUGUAUUGUGCUGACGGAUAUCAGUUUCCCGCGUUGUACCACCGAAGAAAAUGCAACCUGAUACACAGAAACUGGGAGGGUCCGGAUUUCAUGGAGAUGAAUAGGAAGAGACCGAUUAGAAGGGCCAGUGUAAUGCCGGUUAAAGUGGUUAAGGAGUGUUUGAAGAGAUCGAGAUCGGUUGGUGACACGAGAACGGUGAUCGAGCGUGAUUGUGGGAACGGUGACAGCGUGAAGGGCACAACGGAAUUGAGGAAUCCGAAGACGUAUCCAUCGCCGCUACCCAACGCGUUCGAAAGAGGGAAAGGAAACAUCUCGUCGUUGGUGGAUCAGCUGUUGCUGGAUAUCUACGGAUUUCCAGACGGUGACAGGGGACGAACGGAAAGCGACUCGACAGUCUCGUCCCUGAAGGGGCGUCCGCAGCAUUCGCAUUUGCAAAAGGCGCGUCUGUUGUGGAAAAGCAAAAGUGAACUUCAAGUUCUAAUAUUGAAUUUACGCGACCAUAUCAAUCAUACCGGUGGCAUACUGAUCCGACAGCUGCGUCGAAAGGAUUAUCUCAGCAGCAAACGUGAAAAACAGUGCGACAUAAUUACAGCGUACCUUCAAGCUCACAGCAGGAAACGUGUCGAAGACACGAAGAUGAGGUUUAGCCUGACGCCGCAGCCCGGAGAAAGUGGUUUCAUACAAUGGCUGGACGCGAUGAAAAUGGUGGCCAGGUUGCAGGGAGGCAUACCGCCGGAGUUUCGGAAGAAGUUAUGGUUGACACUGGCGGAACGUCAUCUGGAGCAGCGCGGCGUAGAUUGGAAGCAGGCUGAAAAGGUCUGCUUUAACGAAUGGAGCAACCCUGACGAUGAAGAGCUCGGUAUACAAAUCGUUAAAGAUUUACACAGGACAGGCUGCAGCCUAUUCUGCGGCGCAGCUGGCAGAGAUAAUCAGGCGGUGCUACGUCGGGUUCUGCUCGGUUUCGCUCGAUGGAACAAGUCCGUCGGCUAUUGCCAAGGCCUGAACGUGCUCGCCGCCCUCGUUCUGCAAGUUAUGGAUCGGGCCGAGUCCGCCGCGGUGAAGGUGAUGAUCUACUUGAUAGAAGGUGUCCUGCCGGAGGGAUAUUUCGCGGACAAUCUCCGCGGCCUGUCCGUCGACAUGGCGGUAUUUCGUGACCUCCUGCGGGUCAGGUUGCCCAAGCUUUCGAAACACCUGGAGGCGCUGCAAAACGACGCGAAGGACAAGGCGACAGGCAGCAGUUACGAGCCACCCCUGACGAAUGUGUUCACGAUGCAAUGGUUCCUUACACUAUUUUGCCACUGUUUACCUCAAGAAGCGGUCCUUCGAGUCUGGGACUUGAUAUUUCUCGAGGGGGACGAAAUUCUCCUUAGAACCGCUUUAACGAUCUGGGAAGGAUUAUCGGAUCGUAUCAUGACCGUGACAUCGGCUGACGAGUUCUACAGCAUAAUGGGCGUCCUAACUAGAGAGAUGCUGGAAUUCACGGACACGAAUAAUCUUAUUAAGAAUAUAGUCAGUAUGGGACCGUUGCAAGGUGUGACGGGUUUAAGGGAGAAGCACCGAUACAAUAUCACUCCGUGGGCAAGAAAACUGAGCGACGAUGAGGACAGCGAUACGGAGGAGGAUGAAAGGUUAGCCGUCGCUGCUGCGAUGUUCAGUAUGGCACAGCGUUUGAAGAAAGAUCGUAUACCCCAGACGAUUGGCGCACUGCAGGCAAUGGCGCCCAGCAGCGAUCGAGAAAGGCUUGCUUUGGAUAUUAGUACAUUGAAACAGCAGUACGCCAAGCUACGGGAGCGGCAACGACAGGCACACAUUAUACUAUCUGCUGCAUGUGCAAGGCAGACCAUGGUACCACCUCCUACUUCUCAGGCCAUGAAUCAUCUUUUAGUGGGCAAAAAUGCGCUCGUGAGCGGGAAGAAUCGACCUCUGAGUCUACCUUCUGGUACCGCACAGGCGAAGACACGACCUACACUUCUAAGUCAGACUCGAAGGGACAGGCAGCAAGGCGUCACGCUGCAUUGGAAAGACACGAAGAAAGCGAAGCAGAAAUCAACGGGUGCAUCAGCUGCAGUAGAAGCUACGUCGUCGCAGUCCUCGGAAGCUGACCUAGCAUCUCCAAAGCACAGUUCCACUGAUAGCGACAGUGACAGUACGUCAACCGAACUGUGCGACGAACCAGACCGCCUCAGCGACGUCGACAGCGAAGAUCUUACGUCUGCGUCCGAGUCCUUAGUCAUUGCGACGGAUGAGGAGAAGACUUCUCGAGGAGAAGGUUCACCGAUGCCGGCGAAGUCGCCUGGUCGUUCAUCCCCUGAACAGAAAAGUGAACCAGCCGCUGUUGAAAGCAUACAGGGCUCGACGACAGCCAAAGAAAAUUUAAGCGACAUGUCUAUCGCUAAGAUCACCGAUCAGAUACGACGAUUGUCGGCGGAGGAUGACAAUAAUUCCAUGGUUCCUCAAUCGUUCAGUGUGCGAAGCAAAAGUUCGCCGGACGAUUGGUCAAUGAAUGCGUCCUCAUUGGAAAAGGAUAAAUCUGCGCUCAAUCUUUCCACAGACUACACGUCCGAUAAUAGUGUCAGAAAAUCGUUGGGUUUAGACGAGUACGAUUAUUUAGCUUGUGGUAAAACUACGAUUAACGUGAAAGAGGAGGAAGUGUUGGUGCAUGAAAGACAUCGGCCAAAGGAGUCUCCGAAAGAUAGUGAGGAUCCUCUGAUGAGUCUGAAGGAUCAGGUACAAAACACAAGUCCUACGAUUACUCAACGACAGGACUCCGAAGCAUUUUCGAAGUAUUCGACGUCGUUAGAUACGAAAUAUGAGAGAAUUUGCGAUAUACCUACCCCGUUGGACACAAGAUCAGAAAAUGGCGACCGGUACAAGUCAUCCUUCGACUUUUCUAGCAGAGUAUCCUUAGACUCCAAGACAUAUGAAACAUCAAAAAUAGAUUCUUCAGUCACAGAUACAUCGAAUACAGUAACUAUAGAAAGGAAUCCUUACUGUAAAACGUACGUUGGCCAUCUUCCAAUCUCGCCAAUAACAGUUGACCAGAAAUUGAGUGAAGUGACAUCAAUGCAUGGACCGGACAGUAUUGUAAGACUGACUACGGAAUCUACCAAUUCUCAAGUAUCUUUAGAGAAAACGUAUUUCAUCGAUAGAAUACAAGUUGCUCAGACGAAAACGUAUUUAGAUCUGAAGAAGAGCCCUAAGACACCGGAGAGUAAUAAGUCUUUUAGCUCUGGGGAGACUAUGGGCCCUGAUUCAAAGCCUUCCAGCUCAACAGUAAGUCCAAGAACACCGAUCAGGUCGGAUUCAAGAGACUAUCUGAUGGAUAAAUCGGUCUGUUCGUCGGUGAGUUCAGAUUCGAAAACUUUGGUCCUUCGUUCCGUGGACUCCGACGUCACCAAAGACAGCCUGAAAACAGAUACGAAAAAGACUUUCGAGAAGUCCACCUCGUCGACCCCCAUCAGUACCGAUUCAUUAAAGAACAAGUCAGAGACGAGCCCGAAGCUGAUCGUCAGCAGCUCCAGCGAGUCGUGCAGUCCCGGUAAAAUGAAGUCUUCCGAGAGGUCGUUUAGUUCGGACCUUCAGUCGCCAAUUAGUGCCAACUCGAUAAAGUAUACCUCGAAUUACAAUAGACGGGGCCAGGACGACGUAUCCGGCUCGCCGAUGGACUUGAGCUCGGCCACGUCGCCAUUCUAUCCGAUCUCGAAUCCGAAUCAGAAGACUCCGUCUCCGUACAGCGGGUCCAGACAAAGGUCCAGCUUGGACAGUACGGAGACGUCCCCAGAACAAAAAUCCAGUAGCUCGAAAGAAUCGAACAAGUACCUGGGUUACCAGACUAAGUUUGAUUCCACUUUGAAGACCGACGUGAAAGACCUGGACAGCAUGGCGAGGAAAAACGAAAGCUUCGUCGAACGUGAAUUCAACUUGAGAAAAAGAGAAUCAGGUGCGAACUUCAGCGAAAGGAGAAAUGGUGACGAUGAUGUACAUUUUUAUCAUUCCACUGGUAGCGAUUACUAUCGAAAAGAUAAAGACUUCGAUGACGGGAUGGAUGAUCCCCUAUCGGAGAAGGACGUGGUACCCUGUUUGCCGCAAGAGAAAUUGGACAAACGUUAUUUGAACUAUAAUUAUCGGCACAGGGACAGGUCGAAGCAGCUUGAAAGAAGCUCGAGCAGUUUGGACAGCAGACGGUUCAGUGACAUGAAGUCCUCGGCUUCUACGGACGAGUUCGCUGACUCGGUAGUUAAGAAACGAUGCAGCGACAUUCUGGAGGAUAUAAAACACUUGGAAGCAAAGGCGCACGAUGGUUCAUCAGAUUCUGGAAUGCUGACGAAGAAAAGCAGUUAUAUCUGGGAGGAUAUAAAGAGUCUGGAGGCGAGGAGGCAGGACACGUUCAGCGAUUCCGCGAGCAACUUCUCGAAACGUCGUUUGGAGAUACCUGACAUAAGCGUGACUAGCGAAAGCAGGAAAUCGUACGUUAUUCAUCCGAAGAUCAACAUCGACGAAAAUCCCGACAGUAUAUUGAAUACCGUGGCGCGUAGUCAGAACAGCGGCGACUCUGACGACGGCAGAGAGUCGAAGUUGGGCGUUUGGACCAAGGUGAAACCUCGCAGGAAGGGCAAUAACGGCCGCAGAAAUAGCGACAGAGCGUUGAAGAUAAUUCAAGAGAAUUCUGUUAUACUUCAGAAGAUUCUUGCUUGCCAGGCGAAGAAACGAUUGCCAGACCUGGAAGAGAUCUCCAAAGAAAUCACUAUAAGUCCCAUAAACGAGGAGAUCUCGAAGAUUUUUAGCCCGAUUCUGGAGAAAAUGGGGCUGAACGAGCACGAGAUCAACGAGGAACUGGCGAGGAUCAAUUUCAAAGAUUUCGACAAUAUGACAGCCACCAGCGUGUCCGAGUUCGAUGCGAAAAUCAACGAAGAACUGUCCAAACUCUCGUUGAUCGACGAUAACGAGCGAAUCGAUCACUUCGGUGUCGACCAAGUGAUAGCUCACGAGUACCUGGACACUAGGGAGGCUCUGAACGUUUUCUCAUAUAAAUCGUCGAACGACUCUAUAGACACCAGAAGCGAGUUGGGAUCAACGCAGGAACCACCGGUACAAGUUGAGAAAUUCUCACAAUACACCGAGAAGGUGUUACCGUACAGCGUAUCGAAAUACAGAGAAGACGAUUCGUCGCCUAAAAGCGACAUAGAUAUAUACAGGGAAUUAGAGAAGCUCGAUAAAAUCUCUUCAGCCCAAGUCCUACCUGAACCAACGCUUGAACUCCCACAAAAGGAAUUAUCCUCGAUUCCAUACGCCCAAAGUACAUCACCAUUCAAGGACGUUCCACCGUUAAGAUACACAACAAAACCAGUUCAAUACGACACGUCGCCACUGAAAACCUCUUACGAUCCCUACAAAACGUUCGACUUUAAGUCCAAGCUAUCACCCAAACACGCGUCGAAUAAUCCAUUCGUGACAGCUUCCUACGACAAACCCAUCGUGGACACGACAUUCGAGUACAUCAACAACAAACCGGAAAUAUCCGCCAAUACGUACGAUUUACACCUGAAGAGUCCAAUGAUGACGAAAGAGUCGCUCGAGUUCCGUGUAAGAUACGACGACGAGCCUACCAGGGACAUUAGCACUGAUUACAUGUCCCUUCAGGCGGAUAGAUCACUAACCUCGAGCAAGUCUCCGUAUUACAGUAACGGCAACAGCGAGCCAUUGACACCUACAAAAUACAUACCCAAAGAAGAGAGGUGUUUAGACCCUACCACAUCCUCUUUCUUAGAGUAUACCGGUGAACCGUCGGAUCUUCUCCGUUGCAAAUACGACUCACUGUCACCAAAGGAGUAUUCUCAUGGAAAAAGUACAGAAUACGAUAGACAGCUGAGUACGUUGCCAUCGUUAGAACCAUCCUCCGAUCUAGGAUCAUACUUACCGACAACACACAUGAAUUAUCAUCCUCUAUCGCCGAAUCGUCAGUUCCCUGAUCAACGCUUCUCCUCCACCGACAAUCAUUACAUCUCGAAACUGUCCCUUGGUUUGGCCGACGAGAUCAAGCGGCCAGUUUCACAUCCUGAGUUUCCGGGCAAGCUAACAACCGGAAAGUACAUGGAACUGCCUGACAGAGGAGUGCCCAGCGGCUACCAGACGCCUUCUCUGAGUCUGGGCAACAUCGGUCAUUCGAGCAAAGCCCUCGAAAACAAUUACAACACCGCGACCAGCCCGAAGACACAGUUCAGCCCGUUCCCUAUCAGAAACGCUCCUCGGAAACCAAAGGAGCUGACACUGAAAUUGGGUCUCUACUCGCAGAACUCAGAGACGGGACAAUUGAAGAGGUCAUAG